AUGGGACCCAAGCGCCUUGCCACUAUAGAUCCGCCUUCUCCGCUGCCGGCGAAACAGCCGCACCAAGAAACAACCACGCCGGGAAGUACGCCUGAAGCCACCGCGAGCUCGGCAUCAACCGCAACUCCGACUAGCCCUGCUUCCUGCAGUGCCCCCGCUUCGAGUGCUCGCGCUUCAAGUAUCUCGGUAAGCUUUCAGCUUACCUUUACGGCCGGGCCCGUGCAAGUCGGCGUCGGCCGCCUGUGGAGCGGGCUGAGGUGCAACACUGCGACCAUCGUGGGUGGCCCGGCAGCAAAUGGUAUUGUCCUCGUUCAGACUGACGGUGCCAUCCUAGCUAGUCUCCAGGCGAAUAAGUGCUAUGGAUCCGUAGUAGACUUUACGCACGUUCGGUCGGCAAUUUUGCCGCCUCACGUCGUCAGUCGCUUUGCGGGCGUUUUGGUAACCACUUUUAAGACCACCAGCAUGAGCGAACUGAAGUAUACUCAAGCUAGGCGCAUGUGGAGUACCCUUACGGCCCGCCUGCGGUUGCCUACUUUGAACCCGUAUAUGAAGCCACCGUUAAAUGAGGCCAGCUAUUCAAAUGACGGCAGCACGCUCCUUGUUUUGCCGUUUGGGGAACCCUUCGUCAGCGGGCCGUUCCAAAAGAUCAGCGCAUACGUAGCUUGUACUGACAUAAACGACGUCCGGGUUGGGGAGGUUCACCUUGCGUACGAUCCGGACACCCCGCCGGUUUAUUGCCAUCUUCAGCAUGCGCAGCAAUCGGCAGUAUCCGAGACUAGCAGCAUGUUGUUGGCAUGGGAGCAGCGUGAGUGGCCUGGGAGUAUCACGACCCUGCCGCAGGACGGCGCCCAUGCUCGCGCUAGCCUGUCCCCCAACCCCAGCGUUAGCUGCGUCAUCAACGACCGCAAAGUCCUGCCACUUAUAUUGACGGUCAAUCAGCAGCAGUACCCGGUAUGCACCAACAGCCCGGAUGUGUUGCGCCAGCUCCCUGGAUUCUUUACGGACCUGUCGUAUGAUGACGUUGAACUCCGGUCCGCGUUUUGUGCGUCACGGCCAUUCAGCAUCGUCGGCACAGCAACUACUCACACCAUCGGGCGCAUCACUUUUGUCACCGCCUUCCAACAAUAG